UUUUGCCGAUACUUGAUUAAUUAUUCAUUAGAACGGGCGAAAUGUGUAGUUUCAUUGGGCUUAAUUAAAUGUUAAUUUGUUAACACCUAGGAGGGAGAAAACGAAAGCGAGCAUCGAGAAAAAUAAUGGAUAAAUCUUCCCUGGAGAGUGCUUUAAAUGAAUGUGAUUAAAACAUGAAAACAAAACGACAUGAUAAACGAUCAUAAAUGAUUUCUUUAAAACGUUCAGUCAGGCGAAAAGCGAAAAAAAAGGAAAAUUAUUUCCAAGUGUUGCGUGUUGAAAAAUGAUAAUUAAAUAAAAAGAAGUGAAAAGUGACGAAAAUAAAGGAAGAUAAAAGUAAUAAAAAUUAAAAAAAAGUAAAAAACAAGAUACAAAAAAGUGGAGGAAAUGAGAGAAAAUUGUUAUCUAAAAUGCUGUUUGUUGAGCGAGGAAAAGUUAAGCAACAAUAAAUUUUCAUUACGACGUUUUAAAGUGUUUUUGUAAAGGAAAGAACGGGCUGAUGUAUAAUUUCGAGUCGUUUGAAACAUUAGACUGCCUGUUCUUAGUGUAGAUGAUAAAAUGAUAAUUAAAUUACACAAUUGGAUAUAUUUUCUCACUUCAAUAAUGCUUAUUAUUAAAGAUUUGACAGUAUCUGGUCUUGGAAUGGUCCAUGUUACAAUUCCAAACGCAAUACAAUCUGGACGAAACGCUAUAAUGACGUGUGAAUAUGAACUUGAAAACGACGACCUCUACUCAGUGAAGUGGUACAAAGGAAAACGAGAAUUUUUCCGAUACACGCCGAAGGAAAUUCCGUCGAUUAAGAUUUUCAAGUUACCUGGAAUACGGGUCGAUGUUGAUUCAUCGAAUGCGAAAUUUCCUGAAGAAAAUCCCAUGAUAGAUGACAUUAAACAAUAUUAUAGCAUAGGAGAGAAUUUAGAAGCAAAUUGUACGUCAAAUUCAUCAAUACCACCAGCAAAACUCGAGUGGUGGAUAAACGAUAUGCCAAUAUACAAUUCAGAAUAUGCUAUACAAUACGAUACGAUAGUCGAUCCCGUAACGAAUCGUGAAACUUCCAUACUAGGUUUAAGGCUACCGUUAACGAAUGAACAUUUUUAUCGAGGCAGGGUGAAGCUGCAAUGUGUGGCAAAAAUCUAUGAUAUCUAUGAAAAAGAUGUUACAAAAUACAUCGAGGAGUUCUAUCCACAAAUACUUGCAAAUAGCGAUAAUGGAGGAGUUCACUUUUCCUUUAUCAGUGAUCGUGAUGCAGCUGGAAAAUCUGAUUCAUCUACAACGACCGUGCAUCGACUUACACUGAUUUUAAUCUUUAGUGUAGCAUGUUAUGAAAUUGCAAAAAUGUUUUCAUGUUAAUGAGUGAAUGGAAUAAUAUCAUAAAUAAUUAUGUAUGGUUUCCCGAUCCCCCCUCCCACCCACAUUAUAAAAAAGAACAACUUGUAAAUUAUGAAUAAGCAUUCAAAGUGAAACUGUGGUUUUGUCUUGUAUAAAUACUAAAUAACAAUUCUUGUAUGAAUAAAUAACUACGAAGACUUUAAUUUUUC